UGUAUGAUGUCUGAGAGGGCAGCACCUCAGAAGUAUUUCAUCCCUGACUUUCGCUCGAAUCCCAGCCAAAUCAAUAGGAGCAGUAGAGGGACGGUGUAUUGAGUCACUAGUUAGCUACUUUGCAAACGAAAGGCUGUACAAAUUGUUGCGAUUCUAUAAUGAGUGUUUUCGUAAUAUUCAUUAUUCAACUGCUAAUGGUCACAGCAAGGGAAACUUGCACCGACUUUUCAAACUUGAAACAAUCCCUGCAAGAAAAUGCUCGGCUCAAGGUGAAAACGUUUUUGUCUCUGAACAACUCCGGCCUCCUUCAAUGUGUCAAGGAAUGCAAGAUAAGGUCCAGAUGUCAGUCAUUUAACUUCAACCUUAACGCUGGUCAGUGUGACCUACUGGACACCACCAGUUCUGAGACAUUUGAUUCGAAUCUUCUAACCACUGCUCAGUAUGUCUAUUCGGACAUCAAGUCUUGGUCAGGACAUAUUGCGGGGAAAUGUGAGGGUCAUUCUUGUCCAUCAACCACAGUGUGCCGGGAAAAUGGGUCCAACCACACGUGUGUAUGUUCUGAUCCACCAGCAGUCCAGAAUGCAAGCCUUGCACUGACCGCCCAGAGUCAGAUGAUGUGGGAGAUCGGGGAGGAGGUGACGUAUGAAUGUGAGCCCCCAUUUAGUCCCCGAGGUCGGCGCGUCUGCCAGUCCGAUGGCUCGUGGACGGACUUCUCUUGUGUGUUGGUCACAGACUGCAGCCAGGUGAAGACUUGCAACAACGCCUACGGUGAUGGAGAGUACUGGGUUGUCCUGGAGAAGUACAACAACGCCAGGGUCAAGAUCUACUGCCAUGACAUGUCAUCUGAUACUCCCGGACACUUCGUCACCUUCCAGGAAGACAACUACUCCGUGAUGCCAACCGGCUGCACUGACUUUUACUGUGGACGGACAAACUUCUCCAAGAUCAAGAUUGACCUGGACAAUCUUGAAAUUGAACUGGACCACACGUUUGCUGACUGGUCUUGUAAACCUGGUCCUUACGGGCGUAUUAUGGGCUGCAGCUCAAACGCCGACAGCGACUGUGGUACUAUGCAAGUUAAUCUAGUAGGAACUAGCUUCAAAGUAAGCAGUCAAACCACCCUCAAAGGAAAUGCAGAUAUCGUCUACUCAUCCAACCACUCAGUGAUGCAUGGGAAAUGUAACGGACAAUGUGAAGCCUGUUACUCUUCCCAUAAAGGAACCACGCUGAAAUUCGGCUUUUCGCUGAAAGAACAGAACAUUCCCGAUGUAGACUCGGCGAGUGUGCCAGCAUGUGUUUGAAUUUCCAUGGCAGGACGUUUCUUUGUCAUUGAAGGGAAGGCUAUCGUGAUAUGGUAGUCUUUAUAUAUGAUGAAUAUGUAAUGUGUGUGUGUGUGUGUGUGUGUGUCCUUCGGUGUACACUGCUUGUAAUUAAAUAUUGAACAAUUCAUGAAACCAAAACAGAUACUAAUGUAUGUCAUGGUAAAGCCAUUCCUCACAGUCCCCUUGUUUAUCGCUGUCUUACAUGUAAUGUUGUCCGUAUGCACAAUUACCUUGACAUCUUGUAAAACACCUUUCCAGCGAUCCACCACGAACACAAGAGCCAUGAUCUCUUUCACAUUGAUCUGUUUGUCUGCUCCAGCAAUUCCAAUUAGCAUUACCUCCAUCACAGUAUGCAGCCGCUACACUUUGACAAACAUCUGUAAACAUCUGAUUAUGCACCUACAUGCAUUAAAUGUAAGCAUAAAUUCACACCACCAGCUUAUAUCAUCAUGAAAAUCUGUAUCAAACUGAACUUUGUUAUUUCUGCCUGCCAAUGAAUUCUUCAAAUCUAGAAGUCUCCUCAUAAACGUUAUUUCCCCUAGCACGACCUUGGACGCCCAGCUCAGCUUACCAAUUAAGCUUAAUUAAUCUGACACCUGCUUGCCCUAGGCCUGUUAUGAAAAUCUUUCAGGAGCACAAGAAAGUCACCACACUUUUCUCUCGGUAGUGAUAAGGUCAUAGCUUCCGUGUUAAUCUCAACACCUAAGAAAACGUGAUUUGUCACAGGUCUCUCGACUUUCAUCCAAUUCAUAUCAAACCCCAGGUAACAAAGCACCGACAC